AUAAAAAAAGGAGAGAGAGAGAGAGAGGGAAGGGAACCUAGGGAGGUCCCCGACAGGGUUUCCACAGCCCUUACAGUAUCCGGGACCCCCAGACACUGGAGAGGCACCCAGCUUCCUGGGAGGUUCCCUGGGGUAUCAGGUAUCUCCAUUCGGUGCAGGCACAACAGAGACAGGAUGUCAGGGAGCACCCAGAGUCACCUGGAUGAGCUGCAGGUAAAGCAGCUAGAGGAGAUGUGCAUCGUCAUCGACCAGGACGACCAGGUCAUCGGGGCAGACACUAAGAGGAACUGCCACCUGAGGGAGAACAUUGACAGGGGGCUGCUCCACCGAGGCUUCAGUGUCGUCUUGUUCAAUAUGAAAGACCAGCUCCUGGUCCAACAGAGAUCUGAUGCCAAGUACACGUUCCCAGGCCACUUCACUGACUCCUGCUCCAGCCACCCUACUAACACUCCAGAAGAGCUGGAAGAAAAGGAGUUCCUGGGGGUGCGACGCGCGGCCCUGCGGAAGCUGCAGGAUGAGCUGGGGAUCCCACCUGAGCAGAUCUCCCUACAGGACAUCAUCUUCUUGACCCGGAUCUACCACAACAGCCCAUCGGAUGAUGUCUGGGGGGACCAUGAGGUCGGCUACCUGCUGUUGGUGCGGAAGGACCUCGUGGUGAACCCUGACCCCCGAGAGGUCAAAAGCUACCGCUACAUGACCCGGGAUGAGCUGGCCGACCUCAUGCAGCGGGCAGCAUGUGGCCAGGAGAUGGUCACACCCUGGUUCUGCACAAUCGUCCAGGGCUUCCUGUUUAACUGGUGGGAACAUCUGACCAACAUAUCCCAGUUCGUGGAGCCCAACACCAUCCACAGGCCCUGA